UAAGUCAGAAAAUAAAAUCCAUAAAAUAGUAAUAAACGAAGAUUAUUGUUAUUUCCUGUUAGUUUGAAGGUUUGAGAUGGGUUCUUGACGAAUAAAGAUGUUAAAUGAAGUUUCUUCACCUUGAAGCGCUUAUAGUCAGAUAAUUCCGAUAAAACCCGAUUGUAAUCUGAUUUUUUCGUAUAGGUACGACAGGUGAAGGUAAAACGCCAGGUAAAACGCAAAGACGUAGCGAGAAUUGAGCACGAUCAUCAGUGCAGGACGCAACAUGGCCGCGUAAAGUCCGGAAAACGUCCGAUGCAGUUAGAAACGUUUUGAUGUUAUAAAAUCGUUCGUAUUAUAACUUAAAAGAAGUUAUAAGUUUUUGAAUUUUUCGGUUGUUUCGGAAAGGUCGUAGUAUUUUACUUUUUAUUAGUUUAGGGUGGAUUCUCAUCGUUGUGGUCGGUCAAGUUUUAAGUGUUAAUUGAAGAUCGCCACGGGGCCAGUUGUUUUUGAGUGCGCCACUCGGUUGUUGGAUUGAGAUAGAGGCGACCAUCAACGUUCGCGGAGACCGAGACGGUUUUUUCUUAUUUUUAUAAAUAAGUUCAAUGCCGAAUGAGAUCUAGAAAUGGAUACCUAAACAACGUUAACUUCAAAUCAUCGUCGUCGAAAUUUUCUUUUUAAGUAAUAAGUUAGAAAAUGAUUCAAAGUACGUAUAAAUCAAUGUACAGGCCGAAUUUUUAUGAGAGCACGUGCCUAAGAUGCAACGACACCGUUUACCAAGUGGACCGAGUCGGUCCGUUAAAAGAUUUCUCGUUCUUUCAUAGCGGAUGUUUUAAAUGCGCGACGUGCGGUACUAAAUUAACGUUAAAAACUUAUUAUAAUAAUCAACAUCGACAAGAAGAUAAAGAAGUUUAUUGUAGCAGUCAUGUGCCGAAAAUUGGACCGGGACAUCUUGAUGGAUCAUCCGUUGGGAUUCGGUCAGCUUUAAACGUACCAAAAUCAUCGUUUGUUAAUGAACAAAUUAGAGGACCUGGACGAGGAUCAUUUGAUGGAGAACCUAUAAAUGUAAAAACUCACAUCAAUGGAAAUUCAAAUCUACAAGCUUCACCACCCGGAUACGAUCGACAUGGUCAUUAUAGCCCCAAUUCUUAUCCACAAACCAAUCACUCGGAUUCACCUGGUUACCAAUAUGGAAGAUUCGACGCUUCGGCACUUCACAUCGCUCACGCUUUAAAACAAACCGAGUUACAAAAAGCUUAUAGGACACAUCGAGAGAAACCGAUAGACUGUUAUUUGGAUCGUGAUGAACAACGAAGAUUAGAAAUGAAACAUCGAAAAGAAGAAGAUGAUUUAUAUAGGAAAUUUGCGAGACAUAGAGAAGAAGAAGAAAGACGUAUUCGAGACGAGAUUCAUGAUGAAUGGGAAAAAGAAUUAGAACGAUUAACGAAUCGUUUCGAACGUGAGAUGCAGGUGAAGAGGAAACGUGACGAACAGAAUAUUCUCACGUUGAGGCACCAACAGGAACGCGAAGACCUCGAAAAGAACAUGACCUUGCGUAGGGACAAAAAGAAAGAAUCGCUUACAAGGAAAAUGUUGGAACAUGAACGAGCUGCAACGGCCGCUUUAGUUGAAAAGCAAAGUCACGAAAUGUUGGAAUUAAUAAACGAAAAACGAAGUGAAUACAUGAUGGCGGAGUCUUUGUAUGUCGAUGGAAACGAAGAUGUCGGAUACACGGACGAUUUACCUCCGUAUCCGAGUCACGCCCCCGUUCCAGCACCUCCAGCUUUAAGCAAAUUUCAAAUUUAUAGUGACCCCAUUGAAUUUGCUAAUGUUGAUCAAAUUGCUAUAUCAGUUGCUCAAGAAGAUCAAAAAUCGUUUACAGAUUUAGUUCGUCAAUUAGUUGGAAGAUGCGGUUCUGAUAUUGAAAAAGCACGAACAAUAUUCCGAUGGAUAACUGUUAAAAAUUUAAAUACAAUGUCUUUUGAUGAUAAUUUAAGGGGGGAUACACCGAUGGGGUUGCUAAGAGGAAUUAAAAAUGGAACAGAAAGUUAUCAUGUGCUUUUUAAACGUCUUUGCAGUUACGCAGGUUUACACUGCGUUGUUAUCAAGGGAUAUUCAAAAUCGGCUGGUUAUCAACCCGGAGUUCGUUUCGAGGAUAAUCGAUUUAGAAAUUCGUGGAAUGCCGUUUAUGUUGCUGGUGCUUGGAGAUUUGUGCAAUGCAAUUGGGGCGCCAGGCACUUGGUUAAUGCCAAAGAGGCACCUAAAGCUGGAAAUAAAACCAAAUCAGAUAGUUUAAGGUAUGAAUAUGAUGAUCAUUAUUUCUUAACAGACCCUAAAGAAUUUAUCUACGAAUUUUACCCAUUACAACCGGAAUGGCAGUUAUUAAAACAACAAAUAUCUCUUCAAGAAUUCGAAGAAUUACCCUUCGUAAGAUCGUUAUUUUUCCGAUAUGGAUUAUACUUUUCUGAUCCAAAUACAAAAGCGGUUAUGUUUACUGAUUCAACUGGAGCAGCAACCGUACGAAUAGCAAUGCCGGCUCAUAUGCAAGGAAGUUUAAUUUUCCAUUAUAAUUUAAAAUUUUAUGACAGUGAUGGAGAUAGUUUCGAGGCGGUUUCACUUAAACGUUUUGUUAUGCAAUCAGUUGUGGGGAAUAUGGUAGCUUUCCGCGUCCAUGCACCGUGUAGUGGAGCUUUCUUAUUAGACAUUUUUGCAAACGCUGUGACACCAAAAGAAUAUUUAACAGGGGAACCAAUGAAAUUUAAAAGUGUUUGCAAAUUUAAAAUAUGUUGCGAAGAUUUGCAAACAGUAAUGGUUCCACUUCCUGAUUGUGCAAGUGGAGAAUGGGGACCAACUAAAGCUACAAGAUUAUUUGGAUUGGUUCCAAUAACACAUCAAGACGCUUUAGUAUUUGCAGGAAGAGAAUUAGAAAUACAAUUUCGUAUGUCUCGUCCAUUAACUGAUUUUAUGGCCACACUCCAUAAAAACGGUGUCGAAGAAAAACGCUUGUCCAAAUUUGUAACGCAUAACGUUUCAGACGAUAUUGUUACGUUUAAUAUAAGUUUUCCUGAAGAGGGUCAGUACGGAUUAGAUAUUUAUACAAGAGAAAUGGGGCCUAUACAUGAUAUAACAGGGGAAAAGCACUUAUUGACGCAUUGCUGCAAGUAUUUAAUUAAUUCAUCGAAACGUAAUUAAAAACAUAAUUUAAAAAAAGAUUAAUUAAAAAA